GCGGCUGAACUCCAAGACCUAUUCGGUCGAUGCACGGCCGGAGAACCCUAAAUAAGAACCCCAAAACCGCAAUUUCUCUCAUUUCAAACGGAAUCCUUUUCCCAUUUCCCCCCCCCCCCUCAUCUCCUCCCAAGUCUUCGCCCACCUGCUCUCCGGCCUUGAGGGCGCGAGCCCUCCUCGGAUGAUGCCUCCGCUCCCCCGCCGCUCUCUCCACACACUCCUUCCUUCCAGCUUCCUCAUGGGUGGCUCCAAGCACAUUCCGAUGAGAUGCUCCGCCGCAGCGGCGGUACCCGGUUCCCCUUAUCGCCUUCUCCAUCUCCACACCCACCGGCGCCUCGUCUUGCAGAGCCCACGGAGUCCCAACUCCAAAUAUCUACCGUCUUGCCUGAAAUCAGCUAGGUUUUUCUCCGUUGGCCCGCUCAUGGUCAACAAAACUGUUCAUCUGCCAAAGCCGGAUGAUAAGAUGGUUGACACAGAGCGACUUGCCCGAUUAAAAUCUAAGUUGGCAGAAGUAGGAAUUAAGUGUGGUUCUUGUCAGCCUGGGAAGUAUUCACGCAUGACGUGCCCACAGUGUAAAGGAGGGUCUUCAGAGGAGAAGAGCUUCUCACUUUUCAUCCGUGAAGAUCUACAAUUAGCCAUGUGGUCGUGUUUCAGAGCUAAAUGUGGUUGGAGAGGCACUGCAAAGGUCUCUGAGGAGGUCAAGGCACACAAUCUCAGAUCAGAUGAGCCUUUGCAAGUUAAGGGGCACCGAAAAAUCUCAGAAAGGGAACUUCAACUAGAGCCUUUGUGUGAAGAGCUUGUUGCAUACUUCUCCGAGAGAAUGAUAUCAGCAGAAACACUUCGAAGAAAUGCUGUAAUGCAGCGUAAAUAUAAUGAUCAGAUUGUUAUCGCUUUUACCUAUAGACGAAAUGGAACUCUUGUAGGCUGCAAGUAUCGUGAAGUCUCAAAAAAAUUUUGGCAGGAAAGGGACACUGAAAAAAUAUUUUAUGGGCUUGAUGAUAUCAAACAAGCAAAUGAUAUUAUAAUUGUGGAGGGCGAAGUGGAUAAGCUCUCCAUGGAAGAGGCUGGCUAUCGAAAUUGCGUUAGUGUACCUGAUGGUGCACCUGCAAAAGUUUCGGAAGAGAUACCGAAUGAAAAAGAGGACAAAAAGUUUCAGUAUUUAUGGACCUGCAAGGAAUAUUUAGAUAAGGCUUCUCGUAUAAUACUAGCAACAGAUGUUGAUCCCCCAGGCCAAGCUUUAGCUGAAGAAAUAGCUCGCCGCAUUGGUAAAGAAAGGUGCUGGAGAGUCAAGUGGCCAAAGAAAAAUUCUACUGAUGUUUGUAAAGAUGCAAAUGAGGUGCUCAUGUAUUUAGGACCAGAUGCACUGAGAAAAGUUGUAGAGAAUGCUGAGUUGUAUCCCAUACGUGGUCUAUUUACCUUCAGUGAUUUCUUCCAUGAGAUUGAUGCUUAUUAUCAUUGCCAUCAUGGAUUUGAGCUUGGCGUUUCGACAGGCUGGAAAGCUUUAGAUGAACUAUAUAAUACCAGUUUGGCCAACCCAGCCCCGAACUGCCAGGAUAGCCCCAGAUCAAGCUCAAACCAGUCCCAAAGCAAUCAGGUACUGUUAGCCACUGCAUGGGAGCCUUUAACCCACUUUUUCCUGGAUGGUUUCUACCAUUUGAAGGUUGUGCCUGGAGAGCUGACUGUGAUAACAGGGGUACCCAAUUCUGGCAAAAGUGAGUGGAUUGAUGCCUUGUUAUGCAAUAUUAAUGAAAGCCACGGGUGGAAGUUUGUGCUAUGCUCUAUGGAAAACAAGGUUAGGGAUCAUGCAAGGAAGCUUUUGGAGAAACACAUCAAGAAACCAUUUUUCAAUGCUAGAUAUGGAGGAUCUCUUGAGCGUAUGAGUGUGGAGGAGUUAGAGCAAGGCAAGGAAUGGCUGAAUGAUGCAUUUCAUCUCAUCCGGUGUGAGGAUGAUUGCCUUCCAUCUAUUAAAUGGGUUCUUACACUUGCUAAAGCUGCUGUUCUGAGGUAUGGGGUACGUGGACUUGUGAUUGACCCAUACAAUGAACUUGAUCAUCAACGUCCUGCAAACCAAACGGAAACUGAAUAUGUGAGUCAGAUGCUUACCAGGAUCAAGCGCUUUGCUCAGCAUCAUUCAUGCCAUGUAUGGUUUGUAGCGCAUCCUAGACAGCUACAACACUGGGAUGGUUGUCCGCCUAAUAUCUAUGAUAUCAGUGGAAGUGCACAUUUUAUAAACAAAUGUGACAAUGGUAUUGUCAUUCAUCGUAAUCGGGAUAAAAAAGCUGGGCCCCUUGAUCGUGUGCAGGUUUGUGUACGGAAGGUACGAAAUAAGGUCAUUGGAAAUAUUGGAGAGGCUUUCUUGUCAUAUAACAGGAUCACGGGAGAAUUCCUGGAUAUUGAUGACAAGGAUCAGAAGAAGUAAACGCCUGAUACUGUUUUGGUUACUUGACUAAGUGAACAGAGAAGCAAGUACACCGGCCGAAACAUUAGGUUUUGAGCUCCGAGCAUCAAGUGAAGCAUGCAAUGUUGAAAGAAUCGGCCACUUCAAACUUGCUGUAUCCAUUCACUGAAAUCUUGCAAGGGUUCUCGAGGAAGUAACCCUAUCAAGGAAUACAGAAUCACUAACAAGCUUUCAUUUACUCAUCUUAGGUUGGUUUGUUAGGUUUCCGAUAUUCACCUAAUCCCAUCUCUAUGAUAUUUCCAAUAUUGUGCAUAAAUGUUUGUCUAGUGGUUAAUGCAACGAACUCCAAGACAUGCUAUAUGAAUUAAUAUCAUGUUGCUGCACAUUGUCUUCUGUUAUUUUGGGUUGUAAAAGUUUUAGUUCAUGUCGAGUCAUCUCGAACUCAUGCCGAUGACCCAUAUUGAUGGGAUGAGAGUUGAACCAAAUUGGAUUUUUUCAA